AGGAAGUGGAGAUCGACAGACGAAGGUGUUUUUGUCGCUGCUGCUCAGUAGAUUUCAGCUGUCGUUUCAUAAAACUCGGCACUGAAGUUUGGUGAUCCGGCUGUAGCGUUGUUACAAGGAAAGCUGCCCGAGAGAUGUGCACUUUUGAUCUAGAGCAAGGCCCAGGGAGGCUGAUGAAGAAGGGGCUUUCCCUCAUCCUGGUCGGCCAUAUCAACUUCAUCCUGGGAGCGAUCGUCCACGGCAACGUCCUGCGCCACAUUUCCAAACCCAACCAACACAUCACCACAGAAUACACCGCCGCCAAUAUCAUCUCUGUCACCUCUGGCCUGCUGAGUAUCGCCACUGGGAUUAUUGCCAUCGUGGUGUCAAGGAAUCUCUCUGUGUUGAAACUGCAAAUAGGCCUUCUAAUUGGCUCCUUCCUGAACGCCCUGCUGUCAGCGGCAUGCAGCUUUGGGCUCAUCUGGGCCAUUAGCCUCACCGUUGCCUACGAUGGGCGGGGCUUGAUGCAGGGAUGUAAUGAGUCCGUGGUGCCAAUCAACGCUCGGGCACCCGUCAAUGUCCAGUGUCCCUUUGACACGACACGGAUCUAUGAUACCACCUUGGCGCUAUGGAUCCCUUGUGCUGUGUUGGCGGCAGUAGAGGCCGGUCUGUCUGUCUGGUGCUUUAUAGUUGGAUUGACUCUUAGAGGACUGGGACCCUGCAGCAACAGCUACAUCAAAGAACAGUUGGAGGCAGAGGCUCUGACCAGUGGGAACACAGCAGACACUGAGUUUUCUACCCAGGGCCAAAGCCUGAUUGGACAGCGCUUCAAUCCUGAAGCCUGACUGGACGAAAGGCAGGAAGGCCCCCACUCUGCACAGGCUGCCAUAACUAAAUCCCAAUAGAAGCUGCACAGGUGUUCAAAUGAAUGGAUUCUGCCUUCCAGUUGGAUGGUUGUGAGUCAGUUUUAAGGAAAUUGUUUUAUUCCCAAUGAAUCAAAGAGUGGUGGCUCAUGCUUGAAACCGCAUCCCCUAAUAAGCCGCCUGGAUACCAAAUUAGUCUGUGGUUUAAUUUAUAAACCAGCCAGUUAGUUUUAAAUGUCAAGCUGCAAGCAGAAUACAUAUGGGUUAAAUGUAUAAAGCACAUCUCUCCUGGGUGAACUUUGCUGCCAGGGAGCUCCAGCUCUCUGGGCUACUGAUGCAACCCAUCAGUGGAAAAUUCAUUCAUAAUCACACAUCGUGCACUCGUACAGGCUGCAAAAGGUGUGUUCCCGAGUGUGACUGAAAUACAAAGCAGCCCGUUAUGCAGAUAUUGGGAUUUAGUGUGCCUGUGUGCAUGUGUAGGAAUGCAUAAAGGGGAUUUUGACUCAUAAUGAUACCAAAGAGUUCGGUAGCUGUGGAGAGAAUAGAUGAUGCUUUCAGUCACCUCAUCAUACAUCCCCGAGUCGAGUUUCACUUCAGAAGCACAGAAUGUACUGUGCCAAGCAUGCCUUUCCAUAUGAAGUAUCUAAGUUUGUGAAGGAUGUUGAGUUGCCAAUGAUAUUUUAGAUGAAGCGUAUAUGAAUUUACAUUUCAGUCAAAUAUAUUUUAUUAUGAUUUUUUUUUUUAGAAUUUUACUGUUUGUCUACCUGCCUAGUGCUGCAGGCCUUUAAGCCAAUCUGUGACAUCUUAGAUGCAUUAAACACGUCACACAAUAAUUAGCCACAAAUAAUCUUGUUUCAUGUGAGACCUUCUUGUACUUUGGCAAACUGGUAUAUUGUGGAGGUCAUAUGUUGUAAACACCACAUGACUUCUAGGUGCAUAUUGUCAUGAUUUACAUAUUUGGCUUCAAAUUAAAAAAAAAAAAAAUAAAUAAAAAAAAAAAAACAUACUUGCUAAAUUGCAUUACUUAAAUUGCAUUAAAUAUUUUUUGUCACUGGAUUAUUGCAGCAGCUGCAGACAGUAUCAUGUUCAGUGUCAGUUGUUCCACUGAGGCUCACCAUUGAAAGCAAAUCAAGUUCUCACUUUAUUGAAGACAACUCAGAUGCACCGACUGUACUUCAUACCAGGCAGUUUGAAAAACCAAAAUCUCACAAGUAAGCCUGUGAGUACAUGGCACAGAAGAGGAUUAGGGCAACACAAAAAUAAGGAAAUCCAGAAAUUCAGAAAUGUCAGAAUAAAGUCACAGUUCUGACUUUCAUCCUAAAAUUAUGUUUUAAAAAAUGUCAAAAUUCUGAGUUUAACACCAUUUUAAAAGAAAACAAUGGCUAAAUAUUUUUUUUUCUUUCUUUUUUCUAGCCAGGUCAUUCUGUGUGGCCAGCACUGUGCUAAAAUUAGUUUGACUUUUUUAAAUGUGCAUUUGAAAGAAAGCAUGGGGAACAAUUUAGCAAGCUAUGCUUCAGUUUAUAUAUUAUUUAUCCUAAAUUUAGAGGGAUUAAAUCAAGCACUUCUCUGAAAUAUUGGUAGCCUUUUUUUAAAUAGGAUUUUGUUGCUUUCAUGUAACACAGUUGCAGUGGCAAAAUGAGGUUGUCUAUUUGAAUCUGCUUCUGUGUAAGUAUACAUAUAUAUGCAUUUUGGUGCCUUAAUGUAUGCAUGCACAUGCAUUAAUUUUUGUGUGUUUAGCCACGCACACUGGUGUAAAUCCAUCACUGCUGUAAAUCCAAAUCUGUCCCCAGUGUUGGGUCCACUCACUGCCAGUUCAUGCAGUUAAAAUACUAAGUGAAACCGCUAUCUAAUACUGAUAUAUGAUGUUUUUCAGUUUUGAAAACUGCAAAGAAAAGCAACUUCCUGAUGUGGUUGGAUUGAAAGUUAUUGGAUCCCAUCCUGGCUGUGUGUGGUGUGCUUGUAACUGCAAGUGUAUUUGUGUAUGUUUCAAGUGUGAAUGUCAAGUGGGGUCAUGUUAAGCGGUUAAGGCAGUAUGUGGGCCAGCAGCUUCAGCUGGCACAGCACCCCCCACGACACAGCUCCAGAGAAGAUCACAGCAGAUCAGCCAUGAAACAGUUAAUCUAGUGCUCUGCUCAAUCGAGCGUAAGGGAAUCUUUGCACGCAAUACAAAUCCCCCGGCUUUCAGGGAUAAAUAUUUACAAAGACAGCUGACUGACACAGUCAUAACAAAUAUAUAUCCUUUAUCGUGUGGGGCCAUUUGAGUGGAUAUGAGAGAUGAGGUCAUGCUGUAGACUCAUGAACUCUACAUCUAACACCAGUAUGAUUAUGACAUGAGAGAAGAGACUUUUCUACAGUAGUAAUUUUUUACUUGUGUUAAUACAUUUUAGGCAAUAAGUAGCUAUUGUCAGCGAUCGAGGUGGUCUUGUGAAGUGUCAGGACAGGCACAAAUUACUGGAAUUCAAGCAAAGUCAUGCUAAAUUAUAUAUCAGUGAUGCUUAGUGAAAUUCAUGCCAUUUCCAUAGCUUUCUUCUCUCAUAUCAACCUCCCUCAUGUCUGUAGAGAGGAUUGUUUCUACAAAGCUGGUGUAUGUCAAUGUUGUGUACUAUCAUGGAUUUGAAGAGAUCAGACGAUCAGUGACGGGCCGCUCAUGAGGAUAGGCUGCCUAAACUAACAGCUGACCACCCAGCCUCAGUUUGCUUAGAAGUUCGACAUCAGUGAGAUACAAAACCAUUUUCUCUCCAGACAUUCUGCCUCUCAGACAUUAAGAAAACUUAACGUGACACGACAUGUUACGAUUUAUUAUCAGUUGGCUUGGUUGUGGGAGCCAGGAUCAGGAUGCAGCUCACUUGUAAAUCUGCCGUAUCAUAUCUUAAUCGUAAACACUUAAAAAAAUGAAUGACUGACUGAUUAAAAAAAAUGAAUCACAUGUUAAUGAAAGGAAUUCAGCCUUAUACAGCUGAUCACUGAUAAAACAUGAUUUUUUUCUGUGAAGAAAUUAUCUAAUUGGAUUGAACUGAGAAGGAAAUGGUACCCAGCUCCAUUUGAUGUAGGCCUCUAAUCAUGGUUGAAUCCCUUUAUCUGUUUUAUGUCACUGAAGUGUUAACAUCCUGAGCAAAACACGUGUAUGUGAUGAGUUAAGAUAGUAGAUGAAUGCAUUUGCACCACAUAUCUGCACUUGCAGGCCUGGGAGACGCUUAUCUCAUCGGAGUAGCAGGAUUUUUAUCUACAAUUUUAAGUUGUUGCAUUUUGUUUCCAAACAAAACUAGAUGAUUUUAUCACCAUGUACAAGAGCCUGAUUAGCCUCAAAAAGUGCAGGCAUCAUCAUGUCCAAGGUCCUCUUAAUCAGUUUCGUCUGAUUCUGACUGUGCUGUAAAGCCCUCUAAAGCCCAGGAGGGAAUAAUAUGCAUUUUGUAACACACUAAAUGUAAUGUAUUCUUUUAUAAUGUAACAAACAUGGAUCAGCUGUACAUUUCAUGAUUUGCUUCACUGUGUUUAGCAGUAUUUUCCACUCUGAUUUACUUGCAUAUCUUAAUGUAUUUUAUACCCUAAAAGUUGUGCUAAUUGCCUUUUAAUAAUUACAAAAUCCACUACAGAGCCAACUAGGACUGUACCAAGUUUCUUCCAAAAACGCAUUUCAGCGGCUCCAUUUAUAUUUCAAGAGUUUCUGACCCACUAACAUUGUUCAAAAUGUGAUAAUGAGUUUACCAUUGUCGCAAGCAUAAUUUUGCUUAAGAAUAAAGUUUUUUUUAUAAUGUU